UCGGCGAUCUUCUUCUUCACUGAAGCAGUCGGGUAUCAUCCUCCUUCUACGGUUCUACCUUGCUUCUCAUAUCAAGCUAACUGAUACAAGUAGGAAUACAGCUACAAAUGGCGUCUCUGAAGGAGAUUUUAAAUCGCCGGCCAGUGGCUGCAACAGUCCGGCUAACUAUCCCAGCCGGUGGAGCAAGACCUGGACCACCAGUAGGUCCAGCAGUCGGUCAAUACAAGGUUAACCUGAUGGCAUUCUGCAAAGACUUCAAUGCCCGCACUCAAAAGUACAAACCGGACGCUCCUAUCUCAGCAACCGUCACUGUUUUCAAAGAUAACACGUUCGAGCUCAGCGUUCGGUCUCCUUCGGUCACGUGGUAUCUAAAGAAGGCGGCUGGGAUCGAGUCUGGAAGCGGCCGUGCAGGUCAUGUUGUAGCAUCAACCCUAACCCUAAAACACAUCUACGAAAUCGCGAAGGUGAAGCAAGCGGAUCCGUACUGUCAGUACAUGUCGCUGGAGGCCAUCUCGAAAUCGAUUAUAGGUACGGCUAAUUCUAUGGGAAUUAAGGUUGAAAAGGAGUUGGAUUGAUUAAUCUUGAUUGAUCAUGUUAUGUUUUGUAGACUAGAGAUGAAAAAAUCUUUGGGAAACCCAUAAAAAUCUUGUUGUUUGAAGUUGUUUUAAAGAUUUUCUUAUGAUGAAAAUUGAAAAUCAAGCUCCUUUUCCACCAUUGUUAACUGUGUGGAACUUGUUUAGAAAGACUAGUUUUUCAGAAAUGAAGUGUUUGCUUGUUAAU